GCUCCAUUCAGAGAUGAAUACAAAUUUUUAACUCAAUAUGGUGUAAUCAUAAAUUUCUAAAGUUAAUCGAAUUCGAACGAAGUGAUAAGUAACAUUGUGCCAAAAUGUCAAUCUUAGCCAUUGAUUUUAGUGGUCUGGGGCCUCGAAAAUCUGUUUUUGUUGUCAUUAUAAUAGUAGGAUGUUUUUCUAUUUUAUGGCCAAAAAUAUUUCACCCCAUGUUCAUGGGAUUUCCAGAUCAACAAAUUAUGCCAAAUGCUAUGGACAGAUACGCAGGUUGCUGCGAUGUGAUAUUCAGCAGCGAUAUGAACGCUCUGAUGACAGUAACUAAUUUAUGUGCCCAAGUGCUUAAAUUUCAAGAUUUCAAUGAAACAAAGUUAUUGGGCUCAAACGUGAAUAAUAGAUGUAGGGCCGAAAUAUUAUCACGCUGCGGCCUGGACAUAUUACCGGUAUUUUCAUCCGGAAAAGGUGGUCCAGAUGUUAAAGGAGUGAAACGCCUUCUUAGCGAGAUGCGUUCGCUUAAUGGCUCAUCUUGUCUUCAAGUUGAGUUCGGAAUACCUCCAUGGACUGUGGGAGCUGGCCAUAGGCCCAGAACCAUGGCGGUCCUUGAUACCAGUAUAAGGCAGGAGAGGCCCCCUCAUUUACGUGGCGAUUUGCCACAUCCUGCAAUGCGAGAGCGAGGCAGAGCGAUACCUGCUGCAUUUCGACAGGCUCCGCCUCCUGCUCCAGAGACGAUGGAAAAACCAUUUUCUCAACCUCAGCCCAGGCUUCAUGAGGGAAGGCCUGGACCGAUACCCGGAAUGAGACCGCCACUUGGCGGCGCAGGACAUAUGACACCAGCCAAGACCAGCAGCAGUCCAAUGGGAGUCCUUAUGCCACUGUACACUAUAGCAAUUGUCAUCUUUUUUGUCUAUACAAUUAUGAAGAUAAUAUUUAAGAAACAGUCGGAUGGCCCAGGGCUAUACCCACCACUAGAACCUGAUCCUGUCUUUAGACGGAGAGUUUUUGGGCCUGAUUCUAUUUUAAACGGAACACCCAAAGAUAAAGUAGAUAGAGUACGGGGAAAUGAUUCAAAAUUAGUUAUAACGGCAAUCCAAGGUUUGGUAGCAGAUGUUGAUCAAACAAGAGCUGCUGUACAAAACCAACAUAUUGAAGAUUCAACACGAAAUACUAGUGUAGAGGACCAUGUGCAUUUAAAUGGGAAUAUUAAGAACAGUGACUUAGUUAAAUCGAAAACAUCAGACCCGACUAUUAAUUCAAAAGUUCAUGGAGAAGUAGAACAUAAUAAAAAUUUCACACAAUUGGAUCAGGAAAUCGAAGACAAACCUACAGUUAAGAUUUUGGGCAUGGAGAUGACUACACAGUGCGAAGGUGGACAGAAAUUUAGUCAACCAAGUUCACCAAUUCCUUUAUCAGCUCCACAAGAACCAGAAACAGUUGUUGCGCAAUCAAUAUAUUUGGAAGGUACUUUACCACAUCAAUCACAGCUUUUGGUUACAGAAUCUGAAACACACACAGAAAUAUCUCCGAUUCCUGAAGCUACACUUGAGGAUUCCCCAGUCAUACUUAGUGGCAAAAUGACAUUAUCAGUUAUAAAUUUAGACAAUACCGAAAAUGUCGAAUCUCAACUAGAAGCUAAUGAUGACAAUGCUGUCCAGGAAGAUGACAAUGGUGUUCUGGAAGAUGAUGAAGAUCUUGCUAAUGAAGUAGAUUUAGACAUGACAGAUGAAAAUAUCAAUGAAUUAGAAGAUGAAGAUAUACCAGAAAACAUAGAAAGCAUAGAAGUUGUGAUGGAUGAGGAUAUAAACUUAAAUUAGUCAACAAACUCAUAAAAUAGUGAUGUGAUAUCAUAAAAGGAUUAACAUACUGAAUAUCAAGUUUCAUAAUUUAAUGUAAAUUAAUUUUCAAUUUGCAUG